AUCAGCUAAGUAGCAAGAUAAAAGAAAUGGGCUGAGGCCCGAUUACCUUUUAGCUAAGCUGUACCGGCUAUCCCUUCUUUCGAAAAGCUUGAAGUCAGCGAAGCUAAAGCUAUGCUAGUGAAUCAUUAGCAGAAAGAGCAACAAAAGGUGGUAUGCUGAAGAGAGAAUUUCAAGAUUAUCAGAACUCGAAAACGCACCAUCUAGUUAUCAGUUCACAAAAUAUCGGGGAACGGUUUGUUCUUUAGCUCUAUAGAACAUGUCCAAUAUGAAGUUGCCAAGUCAUCAGCUUUUGCUUUAUAGCCCUAUAUAAGGAUAUGCAAAUGCAACCUGAUGCACACAAUUCAUGUAAUAACUUCUUCUGGUUGCCCUCAAUAGCAAAAAGCUUCACAUUUUCAUAAUGGCAUUGCAUGAUCCUCGCCUAGUUCUUGUCUUUGGUCUUCUGGGCAAUGUGUUGUCCUUCCUCGUAUAUUUGGCUCCAUUGCCAACUUUUUACAAAAUUUUCAAGAAAAAAUCGACACAAGAAUUCCAAUCCUUACCAUAUUCAGUAGCACUGUUUAGUGCCAUGUUAAUGCUGUAUUAUGCCUCUUUGAAGCCACAUGCAUUUAUGCUGAUUACAAUUAACUCCCUCGGUUGCGUCAUUGAAACCAUCUAUCUCGUCAUUUACAUAAUAUAUGCAGCCAAGAACUCCAGGAUUUAUACCUUGAAGCUACUUAUCUCAUUCAACUUGGUGGCAUAUGCAAUGAUCAUAGGAUUGACAUCCCUGUUCUCACAUGGCUUUGAGAAGAUGAAUGUUGUUGGAUGGAUCUCUGUCGUCUUCUCUGUCUCUGUCUAUGCUGCUCCUCUUAGUAUCAUGCGGCUUGUUGUAAAAACAAAGAGCGUAGAAUACAUGCCCUUUUCACUGUCACUUGCAUUGACUAUCUGUGCGACUUGCUGGUUGGGAUAUGGCCUUGCUGUGGACGAUUACUUUAUCGCUACACCAAAUGUACUAGGAUUCUUGCUUGGAUUAGUUCAGAUGAUACUGUACUUGAUCUACAAGAACAGAAAGAAUGAGAUCUUGCCUAAAACCAACUCACAAGAACUAGCAAUUAGCGAGCAUCAAACGAGAAAAGAUGGAAACUCUAAUAAAACCAGCUUGAAUCAACCAGAAGAAGCUGCAAGGGAUGGUGAAAGAAUAGCUAACAAAGCAGUAGAAUCAACUGAACUCGAAGUGUGACUGCUUAUUUAUUAUAUGAGCAUGAGUUUCUAUACAUAUUAACCUGAUCUUCCAAGCUGUUCUAGAGGUGGAAGAUCGAUAUUGAACUCAGUGAUAUAUACAAUUUUGUUGCUUUAAUUACUA